UGCACUUCGAAGUUGAACAUUGAAAGGCUGCACACGCGCGCGCGGUACUUGUUAUAUGCGCAAAUCAGUUCUCCGAGUGCCGCUUCUGGAGCAACCCAAAACAUUAUACGUGACAGUAUUUGACGUUUUUUUGAAAUCAUUAUGCGGAGAUCCAACGGUAAAAUGAACAGUGGGCGGUACUCGGCUCGCCGUGAGGAAGAACUCAUAGUUCGUAAGAGGAAUGCUGAAUCGCUGCACAGAGAACACUGGAAUCACGUCACUAAAUAUUUCCAAGUUUGGGAUGUUCGAGCCAGCAAAUUCAGUGCUUGGACUUCACCGGAGUAUUAUAACUCUAGCUUUCAAGGUUACGAAAAGCGGGUGGAAAAUGAGAAGAAAAAACAAAAGUUAAUCGAAAGGAGAGAAAAACUAGCGGCAUUCCUCCAUGCUGAAGAAAAAGAAUACAACGAAGAACUGAAAAGGUCAAGGAGAACUAGGAGCGGUAGUGGAAGUGUUCUAAAAACAAUGCCUUUGGAAGAAUUAAAAAAUCUCAAUGUUGAAAUGAAAAUGAAGGAAGAGGAAUCCAGGAAGAGAGAGGCCGAACUUAAAAAUUAUUUAGUAUGGAAAUCCAAUCAACCUGUCCUUCGGGAUUUCCAUCGACAGCAGCAGGAAAAAUUCGUAAAACAAUGUUGGGUUGAUCAAAUCAAAGAAAAACAAGAGGAAAAAAGACGAGAGGAAGAAUUCAACAAGCAACUGGAGAAGAAGGAAGCAGAGUUGAAAAUGGAGGAAGAGGAGAGAGCAAAAGAAGCUCUGAAGAAGAAGCAAGCAGAAGCUGCGGCUUUGAAGCAGCAGCUAUUACAUCAAAUAGAGUUGCUGAAGGAGAAAGAAAGGAGGACAGAAGAAUUGAAGGAACAAGAAAGGCGAGAGUUAGCUCUACGGAAACAGUUAGAGGAUAUCAACGUCCAUCGGGAAUUGAUUGAGCUUCACAGAAAGAAAAAAGAGCACAGCCAAUUUUUAACUCGACAAUAUGAAGUAAAAUUGAAAAGACAAACAAUGGAAGUGCAAGAAGAAUUGGCUGAGGAUAAGAAAAUACUGGACAGGAUAUCAAAGGCACUUCUAGAAGAACAAGAGCUGGACGCUGCUAGAAAGGAAGAAAUCAAGAAAGAGAUGAUAAGGGUCAAUUCUCUGCUGAAAGAGAUGAAUGAAUUGGAGAAGAAGCGAGAAAAACAGCUGGAUUUUAUUUUUUAUGAAGAAGCAAAACGGCUUUGGGAACAGCAAGAGAAACAGUGGAAACAGGAAAAAGCAGCCAGGGAAAAGUUGAUGAAAGAAGUCAUAGGUACAUUAGAAAAACAGAUCAGUGACAAAUUGAAACAGAAUUUAGAUGCUCAAAAAGAAUUGAUCGAGGAGCGCGAGUCGCUACUAUCAUCUGUAGAAUCCAUGAAUGAUGAAAUUAAAAAGCAUGAAACUGCUUUGGAAUCAUCUAGGACAAAUUGGAAAAAUAACUUACAAGCUCAGAUUGCAGAAAAAACAAGACUGGAGGAAGAGAGUAGGAAGAAAGAGGAAGAAGAAAUUUCUCGGCUUCGGAAAGCAGAAACUGACGAAGAAAACAGAUUAGCGUCAGAGUUGAGUAAAAUGCGUUUCACUCCUUUUAGCUCAAGAACCAGUAGUGCAAAUCGAAGAACCAGAUUCAUCUGGUGACAAUCUGGAUAUGGUGUAUUCAGAUUCUUGUUGUUCCUCAUAUUACUGCGUAUUCUGUUUUUCUCUUCAGGUAAUUACUCUGUUUGUGAUUAUGUUAUUUCGAGACCAUCACAUGCGUAUUCAUCAGAGCAAAAUUAUUUUGCCCUUUAUAGUUCGCCAAAAAUUUUUCCUAGCCUGAUAAAAUUCAUCCACCUUUUUCAUGACAGUCUGUAAAAAUUUUAUGAUAUCAAAAUUUCAUUUUGCAGAAGAUUUGCCGGGAACUUGCAUAUUAUCAUAUAACUUUUAUUUAUUUUUUGAGUGUUCAAAAAUUGAGGACGUAUUUUAGAAAAGACCUUAUUUCUAGAGGUUCAUUCUUAUGCUCAUCCUUAUGUUUGAGCAAUUUUACAUAGGAGUCGAUGCUUCAAUCACCUGUGGCAAAAAUUUUCUUUAAAAAAAAGUACUCACUCUUAUGCCACAGACAGCGUAACACAAAAUUGUUAGUGCAGGGAAAUAUAUACUCAGAAAACUUCACAAGAACUAAUAAUUAUUUCUAAAAGAAAUGAAUUACAACAUUUUUAGAUAGAUAGAAA